AUGAAUAGGCCGAAGGGGGAACGACCUGGAGAGAGGAAAGGGGGGUUGUUCCUAACCUGUGCGGACAUAAACAAACAUGAGAUGAGGAAAAUCAUAGUUAUUAGUGAUAGGAGGACACAGAGAAGGGCACUAAUAAAAAAACUGAACAUCCAUUUUAGGAGCAAAGACGAAAUAGCCAAGAGGGGAAAGAUCAAGAAGGCUAAGUUAUCUAUUGAUGACUUCCUACCAGUUGGUUUAAAUGGCGAAGUGGUUGAAGGGAAGAAAUUUCAGCAACGCGACGUUGUCAGUUUGGAAGGGAAGCAUUUCCCGUUUGGUAUGGCAAAUGGGGUCACAUCGCACAGGGUUCGAAGCGAGUGUGACUCUUUCGACGUGUACAGUACGAACGUGAUGAGAAGGAAAAAAAUGAAAAAAAUUGUAAGUGAUCUUUUCUCUAACACCUUGACGUAUUGCAUCAGCAGAGAUUUGUCUAUCGUUGAGAUUUCAACCUACCUGUCCAUUAUGAAGUACAUUUUUUUCAAAUUAGUAAAUGAGAGGGGAGGCCAUAUUGUUGACCUUUUUGCAGAAUUAAAAAAGGUCAUGUUACAUCAUUCAGUUAAUAGGUCACCAAGUUGCGUUAAAAUAUUUUCCUACUCCUCUCUGAGGCUAUUAAUAAAAUAUGCCUUAAAUACUUUUUUCCGAAAUUUUUUUUUUUAUAAAUUUAUUUUUGUCCCAAUUUAUGAUAUACAUUUUGAGAGUGGGAUUGAGGACUUGGGGAAGCUGGAAAUGCAUGAUGAGAUUGGCUUCGACGAAGAUGAUGCGAUUUGCAGUUUGGACACUCCCUCCGGGGGGGACUACGUCAGGAGAUUGCUAAACUUGCAUGUUGGCGAAAUAAACCACCUGACAUUCGGAGAAAGCUCGGAAGAUGCAUUCAUAAGAGAAGUGCAAAACCGUCUUAGCAGAUUCGAAAUAGGCAAGGAGCCAGUCACUUUCCAAACCAAUAAGUCUAAAGAAAAUAGAAAUUUGAAGAAACUGUGCAAGCGAGUGGAAAGCUCCGGCCAGGUAGAUGGGACACGGAAGAAGGACCAAGAAAAAUGCAGUGCAUCUGAGGGGUACUUGAUCGCAAAGGUGAGAAAAAUGGGGACGUCAAACCAGGGAUGUAGCACAUAA